AUGGUAUGGCGAUCGACAAGAGGCGAAGAAAGUUGGGGUUGCGCAGGACAACUUGGAUUUCGGAGCAUGACAGCACUUCCUCCACACGACACGGAGGUCGUGCGGCAGGUCACAUUAAGUUCACGUGGUUGCGCAGCAGAAAACCACGAGCAGGAGGACCGACCUACGACGAAUGAACGAUAUGGAAUCCUCAUAAUUCGUGGUGAAAAGCCUGCAUCGCGAACGCGAUUUACGACCAACUUGAGGAAAUCAUCCCCAACGAAAAGUCCCUCUACAAAUUUGCUGUUGGAGAUUUCAACGCUAGUCCUGGUGGGCGAAGCACAAGAGGCAGAUGGUUCUGAUCAUCGGCUUUACGCCAAGAUCAAAAUCAAUCACAAGCCGGAAAAAUCUCUUGAUAUUGCGGAAGGAGCUCGAAGCAUGUCGUAUACGACGGUGAUGUUCCAAAUGACGCUUUUACCCGAUGACUGGCGAGUCAUGGAUGACCCGACCGAAGACUACGACGCGCUUGUUCAGGGCCUCCUCAUUCGUGCUGGACAAGCCAAGCUUCCUCGAGUGGAUACCUCUGCUCGCACUUCAGAUGCGACGAACGACCUUCUCGGACGAGAAGCUUGA